CCCCGCUCUCCCCCCUCUCACCCCCACAACCCGGCAUGAAGCGGCUCCGAAGCGUAACGGAAUCACUGACUUUGCUGAUUCUACCAAGGCAUCCUUCAUAGCCUCUAGUUGAAUUACCAGCAUCAGAUGCUGCAAUACAAAAAUCAAGCUACAAUGGAAAAAAUGGAAAAAAACAGGCUAAGAAGUGGCUGGAAGUCCAGAGUAUCUCUGAAGAAAGAGGUGCUCAGUGGCCAGCAGCAACUUUCAGUGAAGACCUUACUGCAGAGCACAAGGCCACUGUGCAGUGUAACACUUGACCAACAUUGGAAAGGAGGCAACAAUUUAACUGAGGUCACUUUUGUGGGAUUUUCUAGUUCAACUGAAGAUGCCACUUCUGCUGGAGUGCAGGCACUUGCUGCUGAUGACCUGGAGCUUUCUGAUUGGCUGAGUUCACUACAGCUUUUCAAUUUAAAGAAUACUGAAAUUGCUCUUUUGAAUGAUUUGAAGAAACACUCCAGGACAAAAGAGAAAACUGUCAGCCAGGUGGUUUGCGUAAUGAAUCAUCCUCCAUCCCUGUACUGCAAUGAUUCUGUAUUCUCCCUGCUUAGCAAAUAUACAACAGGAAUUCAGUUUUCUUUGGAGUCCCAGUCAACAUCAAAACGUCAAACUGAUGCAUACCUUGUAGAGGAGGAUGACACCAAUCAGUCAGUAUCAUCCAUUGAGGAUGACUUUGUGACUGCUUUUGAACACUUGGAUGAAGAAGCAGUAACUGCAUUUGGAUCAGCAGGCUUUGAUCCAAGUACACCAAAACUCCAGCGAGAAGUUGGUCUUCAGACCUUUGCACCGGAUUUUGCAGAGUUGCCAGUUCAUGCCGGCUCUUCCCCAAGCCCCAUCUUUCCUCCAUUGCUUGAUAAUUCAGCAUUUUUGGGACCACCACCAUCUGCUAAAAGUUCUGUCGUAACAUUAAGCUCGAGGCAAAGGAGUUUUUACAAAUCAUGUAAUGCUCCUGAAACAAGAUCCAACAAUGGACUUAAGUCUGGGUCCUCUGUAUCCCUAUCAGAGUCUGAAGAUUCUGAAGGCUCAAGUCCAAGUCCAGUCAUCUUUCUGGAUGAAGAAGGCUACCAGAGGAGUCUGAAGGCUAAACUAAAAUUGCCCCAGAUCCCAAUACUCAAGGAUGACAUUGAGGAUUCCGACUCCGAAGUAAGUGAAUUUUUCGACAGCUUUGAUCAGUUUGAUGAACUAGACCAAGUGGUCAGUACAUAUACCACCCUGAAGGUAGGGUCUAGCCCUCAAAAUCCAUCUCAGAAAAACAAGCCUGCUGUAAAGCUGUGUUCUGACUCCUUACUGAAACAAUGCACUAAUGCAGUUGCUGCUAUGAACCCGCAGAAGUUUGACCACCCAGUCCUUCCUGCUGAUGUGAAAAAACCCACUGCUCGAAAGGCAGAGUCUCCCUACAACAACCUGUCUGAUGUUCCAGAUUCACCUCGCCCACAACAUAGUUCAGGAGAAGAGAAUAGCCCCCUCUUCAGCCCCAUCCAUUCAUCAGCAUUCAGUCCCCUUGCAGCUCUGAGUGGGUCUGAGUGUUCAGGGAAGAUGCAGGCCAUUGGUACUGAAAUUGUUAAAGCACAAAACAAUGGAGCACUUUCUGACAGUUACUCUCAAUAUGCAGGUGAUGUUUCGCACAACAUCAUCAACUCUGUUUUCAGGUAUCCUCACGCUGUUGGCUUUGAGUAUAAGAGGAUGGCAGCUUGCCCUCAGGAUAGAUGUUGGUCACACAGAGUUGAAGAACAAAACAUAACAGUUUCCAAUGAAAAUUCUGACAUGAAGCUACCCACAGCUCAUUCUCCUGCCCAGCAGACUUAUUCAAACAAGUUCAAGGAUGGCAUCCAGCUAAUUGCUACAGAGCUAGUGGAGAAAAGUUUUAGCAGUGCCUUUAAGGACCUGCAGAAUGGUGUUUCUUCUUGCACUAGUGCCCUGUGCCACCUGGCUGCAAGGUUGACGUCCUCUGUCAUUCAUAUGGCCUUGCAAGAGAUUAGUGCAAGGCGAACAUUCUUACAGAAGAAGAGUGCUAUUAAUGAGUUAGCAGAUUAUUUGGUGGGCAAUGCAAUAGCUGGAGCACUGCGGGAACUGGAGUUCGUCAAGAAACAAAUCUUUAACAAUGCUGUUGCCCGAUUUGCAACUGAUCUUGCCGAGGAACUUAUUUUUGAGGGAAUCAUGGAGGUUUGUCAGUUCUCCCACCCAACAACGCCUACAUCAAUAACAAGCUGGUCAUUCGAUGACGAGGAAAAGAUUGUGAGCUCCUAUGCCAGAGAUUUGUCGGAGUCAGUCCUACAAGAGGCCUUCAUUGAAUUGUCUCAAGUGGAUGUGAGCUUCACAGCACAAGCUGCAAUUAGCAUUUCUGUGGACAAUAUUAAAAAUGUUGGAAAAGAUGUGGCCCAGGCAAUGAAGACUGCUUAUGGCCCAAGUGAUAUCCAAGAGAGAAUGUUAUUCAGAGAUCUUGCAGGGUGUUAUUCUAAUGCUAUGGCAAGCAAUUCUGUUGAUGAUUCGAAUUUGACUGGGAAAGAGUGUACCGUACAGAAAGCUUUGCUUUGUGUUUCCGGCAUUGCGGGUGGUGUAUCUGUUCCUCGUGCUGCCAAGGCAUUUUCUUGCAAUUCUUUGGACUCCCCUCUGACGUCAUGCAUUCAUCUUGUGUCAUCGAAGCUGAGUUCAACACAAACUACAAAUGCAGCUCCUGAGAGAUCCUGUUCAGGGAACAGUAAAAUAGAUGAGGUGCAAUCUGUGCACUACGUUGCUCAGCAAAAGGAUUCUACAAGCCAUGUUACUUGUAGUGAGCAUGCUUCUGGUGACAACGCCUUUCAGUGCUCUGAGGCAGCUAACACUGGCCAAGGAACAGUGCAGCACAAUGGCGGCUUGGUCACUACUGAUGCUGUGCAGAAAAAUUGGCAAACAGGAGCAAUGAUUGAUAUAGUGGUAAAUAAUCCUUUUGACUUGGUGACCCCACCUGAAGUUGAAUGUGUGGCAAAGGAUGUUACUUCUAAGUUGGGUGAAAAAACACUAGUUGAGCAUAUUACUGAUUUGCAAUUUACAACAGAGUUGACCGAAGGGAAUGUAAUGAAUUUAGUAGAUGAAGUAAAAACGAAAGUCUCAAACUCUCAAAGGGUACUUUGUUCAGGUCUGUUUGCAACUGGCAGUAAGGAAGCAUUUAUGAGACUUGGAGAGAUACCAGAGGGCCAGCUACACGAUCAGCUAUCGGUUGAGAAAAUAGUUUUAUGUGGUCCAACUCAGUAUGCAUAUUCUCAGUCUCCCGACAUGUUGCGAACACCUCCUGUGUCGCCCACUGAAUUUAUUCCCAGUAAAGGCUUGACCAUCCCACAGCAUUUUGCACAGGAGCUUAAGGGUCACUUAGCAGAAGAGUUUCCUCCAUGUACUCCACCACCCAGUCCCACUGUGGUAUUCAAGGACUUAGAGGUAGAAAGUGUAGAUGGUGUGGGUGGCCCAGAACUUGCUCUUACUCUAAAGUCAUUGACUGCACAGCUUCAAGGUCACAUCUCAGCACCAACUUUCCAGACUUCUUUGGCUGAGAUCAGUGAACCAAGCAAAGAGAUGAGCACAGGUAUGCUGGGAAAGCAGCAGAUUGGGCUUAAUAAGGAUGGACUAUUUCCAGAGGAAGGUCUUGCCAGUAUAGAAGGCAGCUCAAGUGGGUCUCCUGGAACACCACCACCAACCCCACAGCAGUCGACCCGUGAAAAAGAUCUGAAGAGUUUCACUCGGAAGCUUAAGGGGGAGCUGGCUAAAGAAUUCAUGCCAGUAACCCCUCCAUCCACCCCGCAUAACCAUUCCAUUCCAAACAUGGCAGGGCUGAGUCAAGACACUGAGGAAAAGGCUGAGUUUGUGCUGAAGCUCAUGAGGUCACUGUCUGAAGAGGUGCUGGAUAAUGAGGAGGAUGAAAACUUCGACUUCAUAGGGGGGCACGCAGAGGCGAGGGAGCAGGUGAGCCCAAGUCCAAGUCCAAGCCCAAGCCCCAGGCAGGGCACAAAGGUUUUGGAAAAGGAAGAGCUGAAGUUGGACAUCAAGAGGCAGGCUCUGCAGUAUUCCAAUCAGCUGGCCUCUGGCAUCGUUUCCAUGGCAACUGAAAUCGCAGCAAUUUGUGUGGAGGAUGCUAGGAAAUGCGAUGGCAAGGAGCUCGUGUGCUUUGGGAUGUCACCCAGCCACCUACGGAAGGUAGCUGUUCGGAGUGACCUGCACAACAGACAUGCAGUUGCUGAAAGGAAUGCACCAGAAGAGACUGCAGGUUCUUUGUUGAGCUAUGCAGGGAGGGUGGCGGGAGAGGUUAUUCGGGAUGCCAAGAAAGUCCUGAGUUCCAAGAAACAUAGAGUUAGAAAAUUGAAGAGGGACGACUUCCUGGCAGAAAGCAAUGAAUCCAGCUGUGGAGAGCAGGAUAGUGUAGGGAUUGAAGGGCUAAACACCAUGGCAGAUCAGUGGUCCCGAGAGCUUGUGGAUUCUGUGCUUCAUUCUCCCCAAGGUGGGCUCGUGUCCAAACAUUCGAGCUUUGAGAGUGUGACUGAUGAGUACGCAGAAUACAUCAUGAGAAUGAUCAGUAGAGAAGCAGGAAAUGGUGAAGUAAUAGUAGAUCAUUAUGCCAGUAAGCUCGCCUUUAGGACUGUGAAAGUAGGCCUGGAACAAGCAGCCAGGAGAAUAAAGCAGAAGUAUAAGAGAAGACUUCUGUCCUCACAACAAUUAAGGAGCGACAGUGGGUGCAGAGAACUUUUCAAGUUUCUGGCAAGGGAGGAGACACAAGACACCGGUUCCUACAGGAGAGGCCAUGAUCAAAGAAUGAGCAGAAGAGAUUCCAGGGACCUAGAAAGGUUUGCAGAAUCAGUUGCCCAAAAUAUCACAUAUGAAGUCACACAGAAAAUGAACACAGCCUCUGGUAUGCAAGGCCUAUCCAAGUCUCUGACAGACUCUUGCCUCUAUGAAAGGUCACAGCUGGAACAGAUGGCUGAAGACCUUAUUAAGAAGACCUGGACCUGUUCGAUACAACCCAUUAUCCAGAGGAAUAAACACUAUCACAGCAUGGGAAGUUUAAGUGAUUAUGGAUACUGCAUUGCCAGCACCAAUCGAACCUUUGAACAUUAUGUUGGAAAAAAUGCUGGUGAAACUCUCCAUCUCAAAGCCGCCGGGGAUGAUGGGGAUGUUUUGGAUGUCAGCAAACAAAAAGAAUGUUUAAUGUAUGCUGAAAAGUUGAGAGGGGUUGUUUUACAGUGCUCCUCUGCAGAAAAGGAAUCAAGAAAUUACACUAACAGGUUAAAUUCACAGACUGGUGGGUUCUGCCCCAAAAAUGCCACGGGGCAUGCCAGUAAACCACUUACAAGGCCAGAGUACUAUGUCAAUGGAGCCUGUCAGCUCGAUGUACCGAGAAUCCAUAUUGACAUGGAUCAGAGGGGAAUUUUUCCAGAAGAUUUGAUGUCCGUAGCCAUUGAGAAAGCCAAGAGCAAUACAAGCCUGGCAGCAGACAGUGGUAUUGGACAGGAUGGUGCAAGUUUCACUGAAAGUCUUGCUGCAGAGAUAAUGACUUCAGCCAUGAUCAAUGCCAGCCAGUCAAUCACAAGCAGCAGUCUCAAGGAUGGAUUGAGGUCAACUGAUUCUGCAACAACCAGCCAGCAACUUAGCGUCAGUGCUGGUGAUGAUAGUACUGGCAGCUGGUCAAAUCUGAGCUUUGAAGAUGAGCACCUAGAUGAAACAAGUAGCUUUCUGCAUCUCAGUGACAGUAAUGGCAACAGCAGUAGCUGGAGCAGUCUGGGGUUAGAAGGAGAUAUAUAUGAGGAGAAUAUAUCCUUUCCACCAUCCGAAAGUGAUAAUAGUGAAGAUAAAGAGGAGGAGGUGCAAGAAGUUUCUGAAGGUCUGAUAUUGGCAAAGGAAGCGUUACUGAUUCUGAACAUGGACCUGGAACCCAGUAACCUUGAUCCUCAGCUGCGAAUGUUGUUGCAGUGGAUAGCGGCUUCACAGUUUCAAAUACAUUUGGUUUAUUUCAAAGAAUCUUUUGAAGAUGAACUAUUGAAUUUUCUUGCAGUGGUGAAAAGAGUGGAAAUGAGGGACUGGAAGAUCUGUGACCUACUUCAGGCCGUGCUGAAAUAUUGUAGCAUGAGAGAGCAAGACCCAGCUGGAGCUCACUGCAACCACAAGCCUCUCUUUGACUGGCUGCUGGAAAGUACAUAAAACCUUGUCCACAUGCAAAGAGCAAUGAAUGUCAGUGUGUGAAGGGUUGUCAGCUUUGCACCAGCCAAGUAUCACCAACUGUACAGGUUGCUUAACAGAGAUAACCGGGUGGACGUGGAUGAUGUUCUUUAUGGUGAUUGGCUUGGCAGGUAGUAAAGUUUCUUGUAAACACAGAAAGAAUUUUGACAUGAGGGCAAAACUAUAUAUAUAUAAAAAUUGUAUAUAAUAUAUAGAUAUAAUAUCUAUAUAUCACCAAAUUAAACAUAAUUAUAAGCAAAAUGUGUUGGCUUUCCUCAAAGCUGCACCUACACUGUCAAGGCAAAUUGAAGCGGGAAUUCUGCAACCUCACAGCAGCAGGAUCAGAGCAAUUACAAAGGAUAGAGUGCCAUGGUAGUGCAGUGGUUAGCGCGAUGCUACUAUAGCUCGGGGCAUUGGAGUUCAGAUUUCAAUUCAGUGUCUUUUGUAAGAAAGUUUGUAUGUUCUUCCAUGUGAGCGUGGGUUUCCUCCCACAGUCUAAGUACGUACCGGUUGAUAGGUUAAUUGGUCAUGGUAAAUUAUCCUGUAAUUAGGCUGGGGUUAAAUCAGUGGGUUGCUGGAUGGUGUGGCUCAGUGGGCUGGAAGGCCUGUCCUGUGUUGUAUCUCUAAAUAAACAAAUUCCUGGCUCUGCUGUGUGAACAGUAAUAGUUAAAGGAUGAAUAAUGUAAUUUCCCCAAAAGUAUUGAGUUCUUCCAACUAAAUCUUAUUUUUUAAGUUGUUCUUUCUAAAGACCAAUUUUGCAGGAUUUUUACACUUGCAGUCUUAGUUCUGGACAUUGAAAUGAUAACAUUGGCUGAGGUUGCAGUCAAAAUUUAAAUUACAAAUGCUAGCACUUGUCUGGUUGGUUUUUGGAUUUUGACUAGCUUACUGCGAGAUGAUGUGAAGAUCUGUAGUGUCAAAGAAGCUUUAGAAAUUAUGCUUCAAAAUGUCUUAAAUUAAGCUCUUUGUUUAGAAUGACCUUAAAACUCCCACUAGGUUGUAUCACUUGCAACACUCUUAAAGACUGAUGGCUUGAUGGCAUGAUUUAAGAGUUGUCAGGACCUAGACACAGAAUAAGCUGGCAGUUGAAGAAUUGAAGGAGAAAGUAUUUCCAAAAGAUUGUGUGGUGAGGAAAGAUUCAUCUUGAAAUUUGUCCCUGGCCUUCACUUACCUAGUGCUUUAACGGUGAAGGCAAAAGUCAAUUACAAACAUGAAGUUUGUGCUCAUGAGGGAGCUAGUUUUGUUAACAUUGUGCAGUGUAAUUUGCACUAACAAGGUAAACAUUGCCAAUAUCUAUCCAAGUGUGACGAUUCCGGCCUAUUUAUUGAUGUAGUGUUCCAGCUGCUAAUAUAAGUUCACUGACUAAUCUGAUGAAUCAUGGGCAGCCUUUCUAGAACCAAGGUUUCAGGAUUGCCCUCUGCACACCAGUUUUGAAAGAUCCCAGGACUGGAAGUCCAGUUCACAGUACUCCCUGUUUACAAUGUGGAAUCUUGCAAAGAUUGUCCCUUUGAUUUCUCUCAGUUUGUUUGAACAUAAAAUAUAGAACACAGAGCAUUAAGCACAAUACAGGCUCUUUGUCCCAUGAUGUUGUGCCAACAUUCUAACCUACUCUAAGAUCAAUCUAAUCCUUCCCACCUACAUAGCUCUCGGUUUUUCGAUCAUUGCGUCUAUUAGAACACAGAACAGAUUUUUUUGUCUGUUUACUGAUAUAGAGUCUCAUUGAUAACUCCAUAAUCCUCCCCAGUUAAAAACUUCACUACAACACAUUGAGAUACUGCAGAAGUUGUACUUUAUUGCAAUUAAAAAUUUUAAGACUACUCUCUGAGCUCAGCACAGGAUGACCUGGGCACUAUGAUAUUGGAAAGUCGAGCAAGUUCUUUCCAGAAAUCACACCCUCUACAGUCACAAUACUCCAGUUUCACAAGGAACACCCAUACAGUCCCACUGUUGGUGAUGAACAGAUGUGACAAUGCAAAGACUUGUUCAGAAGCAGCAAACUCCAUUUAACAUGGACCCACACAUCCAUUUUAACUAACAUCCUGCAAGUAAAUCAAAUUAGUCUUUGAGAGAAACAAAAUUUGCCACUGGAUAUUGCCGUUUUAUAUGAUAUAAGCUUAUAAGAACUAAAUUCUCACAGGCUGAUCUUCUGCAGGGAACUGUACAAGACAGCAGGGAAAUCAUGUUGGCCUGAAUAUUGGGCUGUGAAUUGAAAAUCCAAGGUUGCUUCUGAUUAGGAUGGGAAGGCCCAGACUAUUAUACAUGAACAGGACUCAGUGCAAGGGUUGCAGGAUUAUUUACCAGCUGCACGGUGAGACACAUCUUGAAACUUGACCCAAUUUCUGCCUUUAGUUGCAGAAAUACGGCUUUUGGAAGAAUUAUUAACAUAAUGCACAUAAUCACCUUAAUCAUACUGUGAUAGUAAUCUGUAUUUUUCUGGCGAAACUCCUGAGGACUACCCAGCAGUACUUUGCUCCCUGUAGGAUUAAUAAUCAUUCCAACUUUUGGAUUUUCAUAUUUUUGGAUUUAUUUUCCAAUUUUAUCUGCUCCUUACAUGGUAUUGCCAGUAUUUGUCACAUCUGCUUUGAUUUCACCUUACACCAGUGCGUUUCAAUGUCACUGUCAUUUUUUCCAGCUUCUUAUCCUCUCAGAGUACACCAUCAGUUGUAUGCAUGCAGCUUUGUAAGCUGGUAGUAUUCCCAGCAUAUUGCAUUAAUAACCUGCAGUAGGAAUAGUCAUUGUAGAUUUAAAUACUUGUAUACAAUUCACAAGGCACUGCCCAAGAUUUCCCACAAAUGUGACCUGUUAUUUGCUGGAGUAUUCCAGUUUUUCCUUCUGCUGUUCAACAAGCCAUGGAUAGGGAGGCUGAUGGAGUAGCCGAAUAUGCAGUUCUGAAACUAACACAGCCAAUAGGUACCCCCACCCUGCUACUUUAUUUAACACCAGAUCCUUUAACACAGUGCUUUUAGUAUAUUCAAAUGACUAAUUGAAUGAAAGGUUUGCUCUUGGCUACACAGUCACUUUAUGUGUGUGCAUGCGUGUGUGUAUGUUCCUCCAUCCCCAGACUCAGUUUUUAUCCCAGUGGUAAUUGGUGUUGCCAUUUUGAUGACCGAAUGAAAAUAUUAAAAUUUAACUUUAUUCUAUUAGUACUUAUUUUAUUACUGUGCAGUGUUAAUUCCAUCAUAAUUCACAUGCUAAGGUAAAUAUUAAGUGUGUGAUGUCUGAUAUUUGUAAUCCCUAAUCCUUUAUAUGAAUUUUGCCAAAAAAUAGAGCAUUGAAGUUAAUUAAUUUACAACAAUUUGGUGUCUGUUGUUCUUUCAAGUGUAAAAUUUGUUAUCAGAUUAUAAGCUGCAACUUGCACUAUUAUUGAUGUCUGUUUAUUUCUUAAGCA